AUGGUACUGGUCCUAGUCGUAGGAUCUGUGGCUACUUCUGCCACCCAGAAGUCAUACGACGGCUACCAAGUGCUACGUUUACCAACGGGCAGCCAGCUACCCCAUAUUCAAAAGAAGCUCAAUGGUCUGAUAUUUGAUCAAUGGAACCACGAUGUCGAAAGAUAUCUUGAUAUCGCAUUGCCACCCACCGAGAUAUCAAAAUUCAAAUCCCUUGGGCUCAAGUCACGCGUCAUGCACCAUAACCUCGGCGAUUCAAUCAAGGCAGAACAGAAAACUAAGCGGGUGUGGAAACGAGACAUUGCCGAUUUGUCGUGGUUUGAUUCGUAUCAUGCUUACGAUGCUCAUAUCCAAUACUUCAAGGAUUUGAAUAUUGUAUUUCCAAACAACUCGGAGGUGUUCUCGUCGGGAACGUCGUAUGAAGGGAGAGACAUAUCCGGGUUGCACUUCUGGGGUAGCGAGGGCCCAGGCAAGCCAUCAAUUUUAUAUCAUGCUGGCGUUCAUGCGAGGGAAUGGAUCACUACACCAGUGGUCGAAUACAUAGCACAGAAACUGAUAACGGGCUAUAAGGAUGGCGAUCUUCUCAUCCAAACACUACUAGACCGCUACGACUUCUACUUCAUUCCCUUUGUCAACCCAGAUGGAUUCGUUUACACCCAGACGACGGAGAGGCUCUGGAGAAAGAACCGCCAGCCGGGGCCCAAAAACUCUACAUGCUACGGCCGCGACAUAAAUCGCAACUGGGAAUUCGGCUGGGAUGCCAACAAGGGUGGGGCGUCGACGAAUCCAUGCUCAUAUGACUACAAAGGCGAGGCGCCAUCUGACGCGCCAGAAACACAGGGCCUCGAUAGUCUCGUCCGGAAGCUGAAAGCCAAUUCAGGUAUCGAACUGUUCGUAGACUGGCAUAGCUAUGGCCAGUACAUACUUUCACCAUACGGCUACAACGAGACACUGUACGCACCUGAACUGGCAAAGUGGACAAGGGCAGCUUCAUAUAUCAGCCGAGAGAUACGCGACUCUUCGACUGCAGGAGCGACGUAUACAUUCGGACCUUGCGGAGCGACUCUGUAUCGAACCACUGGCUCGGCCACUGAUCACAUUUAUGCUAUUGGAGGUGCGGACUUUAGCUACACGAUCGAGCUGGGAGAUACUGGUCACUAUGGCUUCGUGCUGCCGCCAGAUCAGAUCAGGCGUGUUGUUGAGGAACAAUGGGCUGGACAAAAAUUGUUGUUCAGCUUGCUUGAUCAGGCCUUUUUCGAGAUGAGUGAUGGGCUAGGGAGUGACGUGCUCAGUACAUAGUGUCCGAUGUCUGAUGUCAUUUAAAUGGAAUAUUUUGCCCCAGAUAGUGCCACCACAGAAGGUUUUGGACUAUUAAAAGGCAAUAGUAGAUAAAAAAAAAGUGAGUCAAGAUUCUGU